CAGUGUCGGUUGCUUCUGAAAUAGAGCAGAUUUGUUGGAAUUUGCUGACACGACUUUGCAGGGAAAGGAGGAGAAAGAUCGGCUGUCCAUGCACUGUCAAUUUUAAUUCUCGUACGCCUGAUCAAGUGCAAUGAGCGUCGUAUACGGAGAAUGGGCGGCACAAAAUCCAAGCUGUGUAACUCUUUCAAACAUUGACCUGGGCGUUCGAACUUUUGAAUUAUGCUGGGGGAUUAUGUGUGCCUGCCAAGCCGUGUUCUUCGCUCUGCGAUACCCGAGGGGAACCUGGGAGUUUGUCUUGGUUCCCCUCACCGAAUGCUUCGUGUAUGGCCUUGGAUACUCUGAGAUUGGAUACAUCCUCUUGUGGGAUGGGAGGCAAGUUCUGUGGACAAGGACCGUCCUGUGGUUGGCAACAGUCCCGAUCAUCUUGAACCAGAUCAACGGCAUGGCAGCUGUUCGAAUCUAUGGAGUUGACCUCAAUGUCAUGCAGAUGUAUUUCAGCACUCUCAUGAUAUGCUUCGGGCAUACAGCGGCCUUGACGCAUAACCAGUCUCUCAAGUGGCUAUUCUUCAUUAUUGCAAUGGCAAUCUUUGGUUUAAUUUGCUUUAUCAAUUAUCACACCUUCACUGCUGCAGAGAAACAUUACAAAGAAAGCGGCAGCGAGAUUGAUUUGAUCAUUGCAAAAAGAAUCAGGUUGCUGGCAGUGAUUUUCUUCACAUCGUGGACGAUGUAUCCACUGUUCUUCGUCCUUUCGGUUGAAGGUGCAUGUGUCGCCAGUGAAAGUGUAAUAUUGGUUUGCUUUGCUCUGGCUGAUCUGCUUUCCAAGAACGUAUUUGGAGUUCUUUUCUGGGAUACGUUAUGGAAUCUACAGGAUGGGAAGUGGUCAAGCUACGGAACAGUCACUUUCUUCAAAACAACAGACUCAGUGACGAAGACGGCUAUUUCAACUGCUAUGGAAGAAGAAUUUGCGAAGCAGAAGGCUUCAAGGUCUGACAACCCUCCUGCUCAAUACCCCUUCGCCCUUCCUGAUGCUGAAAAUUCAAUCGAGCAAGAAUUGUCGCAGUUGAAGCAAAUGAAUCACACAAUGAUGGCAACAAGACAAUUUUCUUCGCUGGAUCAUUUGAAUGAUUUCGAACAUUCGGAUCAACGUUAUGCCCCUGGGGUGAACGCCAUGCCAAACGGAUCCCCAGGCUCCGCUGGCUCGCAGGGUGUUGAAAAUCCAGUGCAACUCAGCGCUAUCACAAAGACCGGAGCGAUUCAUAGCAUGGAUGACGUGGUCGACCACGUGAGGUCUUUGAAUCAGGCGCUUUCAGAUCUCCUCGUAACAGACGACCAGCCAAUUAGACCGCCGAGACGGAGCAAUGUUGGGUCUACGCAGCCAACAGGCUUGACGGGGUCAGAAAAUUCAACCACAGGGAUGUACAAUGUCAACACUACACCAGUGCUUCAUUCCUUCACGAGAAACUCUUUUGUUAGAAAUAGUCAGACGGAGUCUCCAGCCCCUGAGUACCUCAGAUGAUCUCAACCCUUUAACACUAACACAACAUGUCAAUGAAUGUUAUCAACGAAGCGC